AUGGCUCAGCGAGCUGCCCUUGUUUCUGCCCUCUUCGCCGCGGCCAGCCGCGCGCAGCAAGCCUGCACAACGACCACCGAGACCAAGCCGACUCUGUCCUGGUCCCAGUGCACUGCUUCCGGUUGCACCAACACCUCCGGAUCAGUUACCAUUGACGCGAACUGGCGCUGGGCCCAUGACACUUCCGGCUCCACCAACUGCUACACCGGAAACUCUUGGGAUGCUGACCUCUGCCCCGACGAUGAGACUUGCGCUUCCAACUGCUGCGUUGAUGGCGCUGACUACGAGUCCACCUACGGAAUCACGUCCACAGACGACGCGCUGAAGCUGAGCUUCGUCACCCAAGGCACUGACAAGAACAUCGGUAGCCGUACUUUCCUGAUGGCUUCCGAUGAGGAGUACCAGAUGUUCGACCUUUUGGGCAAGGAGUUUACCUUCGAUGUCGAUGUUUCCAAGCUGCCCUGUGGCCUGAACGGUGCCCUGUACUUCGUCUCUAUGGACGCUGAUGGUGGCAAGGCCAAAUACUCUGGCAACAAAGCCGGUGCCGCAUACGGAACUGGUUAUUGCGAUGCUCAAUGCCCGCGUGACCUGAAGUUCAUCAACGGCCAGGCCAACGUGGACGGAUGGACUCCAUCCUCCAACGAUGCCAACGCCGGAGUUGGCAACCACGGCUCUUGCUGUGCCGAGAUGGACGUGUGGGAGGCCAACGUCGUCUCCACUGCUCUGACUCCUCACUCCUGCACCAACGUCUCCCAGACCAUGUGUGAGGGAGACAGCUGCGGAGGCACCUACUCCACCGACCGCAAUGCCGGUACCUGCGACCCUGAUGGAUGUGACUUCAACCCAUACCGCUUCGGAAACACCUCUUUCUACGGCAAGGGCUCUGAGUUCGUCGACACCUCCAAGGUGUUCACCGUCGUUACUCAGUUCCUCACUGACGAUUCCGGUGCUCUGAACGAGAUCAAGCGUUUCUACGUCCAGGAUGGCAAGACCAUUGGCAACGCCCAGUCCGACCUUGCUGGUGUCUCAGGCAACUCCAUCACUCCUGAUUUCUGCGUUGCCCAGAAGGAGGCCACCAACUCCACCGACACUUUCAAGGCGAAGGGUGGCUUCGACUCCAUGACCGAGGCCAUGAAGGGUGGUAUGGUCCUUGUUAUGUCUCUGUGGGAUGACCACUACGCCAACAUGCUCUGGCUCGACUCCACCUACCCUGUCGACUCCACGGACGCCGGUGCCGAGCGUGGCUCAUGCGCAACCACCUCCGGUGUCCCCACCGACAUUGAGACUAGCGCUGCCGAUUCCACCGUCAUCUACUCGAACAUCAAGUUCGGCGAGAUCGGCAGCACCUUCACCGCCCUCUAA